GUCAUAAUUUACUCUCUUUGCUUGUUGUCUUAAUCCGCCCAUAUUAGUGAACCCUUUGUUUCCUACAAGAUCCCUCUACCAAUCCAUACAUGCAACUCCAAAAAUUAUACCAUUCCUAAGUCGUGAGCAUUUUUUGCUACGUGUCUUAUUAAAACAUCGUAUCUUGUCGAAAUUUCAGGACUAUUUUCUAGUACUAGGCGAAUACUUGCAAGUCAAUCUUCAAUCUGUAUCCAAUUGCUUGUCUUCACAGACCUCCCAAAUUAUGUUCUGUCAAAAGGGACGAAUUCUUGACCUUUAUAUUUUAAUUUAUACUUUAUCUUGCAUUUAAACGUUAGUAUCGAAUAAAAUCAAUCUCCGUUUUGUAUUUCUGUGGAUUCCAGUUAUCUUUAGUAUCUACUGUUGAUUGUGUUGUUAUUUAAAUUUAUAAAUUCCGCAUUUCAGUUAACGGGAUGUCAAGAAUUCGAGUGUGGAUGUGAGUAGUUAUAUUUCGAGAUCACUCUAUAAUGAUGUUGUUUAUUGUCAUUUAUGAUCUUAAUGGUUUGUUUCAUAUUGAUAUAAACUAUGGUACAGUUGUAUAAACUAUAGUACUGAAUUGAAUUCACUGUUGUAGAUAUAUAUCAUGGUUCAUUUUGUGUAGUUUAUAAUUUGUUGACCAAGUUUUGUGCACAUUAGACAAAAAAUUAGGAUAACUUGUAAAAAGAAUGAUCCAUUUCUUUGAAUCAUUAGCAUUAUUUAUCUUUAUUAGAAACAUGGCUCUCCCUGUUCAUCAAGUAUGCACUGCAUCAGAUUGUGAAUUAUGGGAACCGCAUUCAAGAACCAGAUUAGUAUUUGUCUAUUCUUGCACUUGCUGCUCCUCCAUGUUUUCCCUUUAGUUUCACAAGAUGCAAGCAGUGAUAGAAUUACGCAAGGGCAGUUAUUGCUUGAUGGCCAAGUGAUCAUCUCUGCUGCUGAGAAUUUCGCGCUUGGGUUUUUUAGCUCGGGGAAUUCUACUAAUAGAUAUCUUGGAAUAUGGUAUAACAAAAUUCCGGUGCAAACUGUUAUUUGGGUAGCAAACAGAGAUAAACCAAUUUCUGGUACAGCUGGUAUUCUGACAAUUGGAGAUGAUGGUAAUCUGAUGGUUUUUGAUGGAAGUGCAAGUAUAUGGUCUACCAAUAUUUCUUCUGCAACAGCUAAUUCGACUGCAGUGAUUACAGAUUCGGGUAAUUUGAUUCUCUUGAGAAGUGAGAAUGUUGGUGAUCAGAGUAAGGCAUUGUGGGAAAGUUUCAGACAUCCAACUGAUACAUACUUACCUGAUAUGAGAAUUUAUACGAAUGUGGUAACUGGAAUUGGUACUUCUUUCACUUCGUGGAGAAGUGAUGAUGAUCCAACAUCCGGGAAUUACUCUAUAUCUCUUGAUCCUCGCGCUUCACCACAGUUAAUAGUUUGGGAUGGACACAAUCGACAUUGGAGAAGUGGACACUGGAAUGGUCUAUUGUUUACAGGGCUUCCUCGCAUGACAGCCCUUAUAUUGUAUGGCUUCAAGCUUACUAACGAGGGCAAUGGAAACAUAUAUUUUACUUAUGCUAUGAAAAGCAGUUCAAUUAUUACUAGGUUUAAACUUGGGUGGGAUGGAACUAUUGAUCAGUUUGUUUGGGAUGAAGGACUGAGGCAAUGGAAUGUAUCACUGUCAGAGCCUUCAAAUGAUUCCGAGAUUUACAAUUACUGUGGGAAGUUUGGAGUGAGUAAGGCAAUGGGUUCCCCUAUAUGCAGUUGCUUGGAAGGAUUUGAAGCAAAAUAUGCAAGUCAAUGGGAGAAAGGUAAGUUUUCUGACGGAUGCAUUAGGAAGACUCCUCUUCAGUGUAACGUCAAUGGUACAAGUGAUGUGUUUAGGGAAGUUCGAGGCCUGAAAUGGCCUGAUUUUGCUGAUACUGCAGCAGCGGAUAACAUUAAUAAAUGUAGAGAUUUAUGCGUGAAUAAUUGCACUUGUCAUGCAUACACGUUUGCUUCUGGAAUUGGGUGUAUGAUAUGGAGUGGUGAUUUAGUUGAUCUGGAGCAUUUUGGUGAAGGUGGGAAUUCAUUGUAUGUUCGUCUUGCCAAGUCUGAACUGGGAAGUCGGAAAAAGAUAUCCACUGUCUUAUGGAUAGUAAUUGCUGCAGCAAUAACAGUUUUCGUAGGAAUGAUCAUUCUGAUAUUAUGGAGGUUCAGGGGAAAACUGCUAGGAAUCACGACGUCAGACAGGAAAAACAAUAAGGCUAUACAUGACAUGAGCUCCACUGUCAGAGGACUCUCUGCAGUUUUCUCAGAAGCUGAUGAUAUUGCAUUUGAUGGAGAACACGGAAAUGUACCACAGUUGCCCGUAUUCAGUUUUAAUGACAUUGAAAUUGCAACCAAAGACUUUGCCAACAUGAAUAAGCUCGGAGAAGGAGGAUUUGGGUUGGUAUACAAGGGGACCUUACCGGGGGGAGCUGAAGUUGCCGUUAAAAGGCUUUCAAAGUGGUCUGGUCAAGGUUUAGGGGAAUUUAAAACUGAAUUGACACUAAUAGCAAAGUUACAACAUAGGAAUCUAGUUAGACUACUUGGUUGUUGCAUUGAAGGAGAAGAGAAGUUGUUGAUUUACGAGUUCAUGCCUAACAAAAGCUUGGAUUCGUUUCUAUUUGACUCAUUCAAAAAAUCACAACUAGAUUGGAAAACUCGCUUUGCAAUUAUUGGAGGCAUUGCACGGGGGCUUCUGUACCUUCAUCGUGAUUCUAGACUACGGAUAAUUCACCGAGAUCUAAAAGCUAGCAACAUUUUGUUAGACGAGGAGAUGAACCCGAAAAUUUCUGACUUUGGCAUGGCCAGGAUCUUCGGGGGGAACCAAAAUGAAGCAGCUACAGUCCGGGUUGUUGGCACAUAUGGCUACAUGUCCCCAGAGUAUGCGAUGGAAGGUUUGUUCUCAGUUAAAUCCGAUGUGUAUAGCUUUGGAGUAUUACUACUAGAACUUGUCAGUGGUCUGAGGAACAGUAGUUUUCACUCACCCGAAUGCUCAAAUCUUAUUCGACAUGCUUGGAGCCUUUGGAAAGAUAAUAGAGCAGCAGAGCUGAUAGAUCCUUCCAUUGCCGGAUCAUGCUCAGAAGAUGAAGCGCUGAGAUGCAUAAAUAUAGCAAUAUUAUGCGUUCAGAGUGGUGCAGCUGACAGACCAACAAUGUCGUCUGUAGUGACCAUGUUGGAAAGCACAAAUUUAAAUAUGACAAUGCCAGGAGAGGUGGAUGUUUGUUUGAAAAGCUCCAAGAGUCUGGAUUUUAUAAUGGAAUGUCACGAGAACUCGUCAUCCAUUGAAGUGCCAAUAACUGAAGUGACCGGAAGGUGAUGGUCAGUGUUUCAAAAUUGUGUCCCAGACAUCUCUUCAUCUGCAAGUAACCAAAAUCUUUGACUUGUAUGAAAAUAAUGCUAUAUAAUGAUCAUCAAUAUAGCCUACAAACCAUUUUCAGUUAUAAUAAGCAUCAAUAUGAACUUGUAUACAUGUAGAACUGUACAAGUAAGAAAUACAAUAUCGCAGUUAAAAGACUGUUUGUUUUUUUAUCU